UGGCGGCCACGAGCAGAGAAGGUUUGCGGCGUCGGUGAAAAUCUCCUGGAAAAAAAAUUGGAAAAAAAUCGAUUUGAAAUUAUUGACGAAGCAUAUUCACCCGCACAUCAGUAAAGCUGAAGAGGUAAAGUAUCGGUUUUGAAACGUGGAUUGUUUCUGCUCGCCGACUGAACACGGGGCAUGAAAUAGCGUCAGUGAAGGAGGAACGAUCGGCCCGUGAAAAGUGGUAGCUCGAAAGCCGCUUAAUCUGCUUGUGUUUUAUUCUUUUGCAAGAGGAUUUGAUUUAAUUUUCCGGUCCAAUCUGGAUUUAAAAUAUAAUCCUGAAGGAAUAUGAAGGAGAAAGACGUCUCGCCCAAAACUGGUGGUAAACGAGGGGAAGAAAGGCGAGGUGGCCAUCACCAGCAGCCGAGGAAAAUAGGGAAUAAUCAUAACAGUAUCAAUAGAAACAACAAAAACCAUGGUAAUGCCAAGAGAACUCGCAAUAUCAGUGGCAAAAGGACCAAUAACAGAGAUUAUGAUGUUUAUGCACCUAACCGAACUGCUAAUAACUUGAGUCUUUCUUCUGCUUCCUCAAGGACUAGUAGGAAUGAAAGACAACCUGGUGAAUACAAAACUUUAAAGAUCAGCAAUCUGGGUUCCCAGUUGAGUGAUGGUGCAAUUGAGGAUGGUCUUUUCCAUGAGUUUAAGAAGUUUGGGGAUGUUAGUGUGAAAAUAUCCAGGGAUGGUGAUGAAAGAGUGGCGUUGGUGAAUUUCAGACACUCCGAGGAUGCAAAGGCUGCCAAGCAUGCCAAGGGCAGACUGGUGUUGCAUGAUCGUCCUCUAAAGAUUGAAACUGUUUACCCUGCACCAAAAGGAAGAAGUUACUCACCUGAACUGGAUGGGUAUUCUGCACCCAGCGUCCAGGCCAAUCGUCAUCGACAGAGAUCUUUGUCUCCAGCAGGACUUGGCUACAGAGAGCACAGAGCUCAACAGCGCAGUUCUUUGGGACGUCAGAUAGCACCGCCGCCGCCGCCACCACCACCUCCUCCUCCCCAGAGAGACUUGGAGAGAGAGCGUGAUUAUGCCUUUUAUGAAGGUCGGGGUCGAGCUGCUUAUGCUCUGGAGAGGACUGCAUUUAGGGAAGAUGAAAUCUUGCCCGAAGAUGACAAGCGAGCUAAUAGGACGUUGUUUAUUGGGAACCUGGAUCCUUCUGUUUCACAAAAUGAUCUUUUGCUUGCAUUUGAGCGGUUUGGUGUUAUUUUGGAGGUGGAUAUUAAAAGGCCACCUCGAGGACAAGGAAAUUCGUAUGGCUUUCUGAAAUUUGAAAACUUGGACAUGGCUCACCGAGCUAAGAUUGCAAUGUCUGGCAAAGUGAUCGGGAGAAAUCCUAUCAAGAUUGGUUAUGGGAAAGCAACUCCCACUACACGUUUGUGGGUUGGGGGAUUGGGUGCCUGGGUUCCUGUGGCUGGUCUUGCAAGGGAAUUUGACCGCUUUGGUACCAUAAGGUCCAUUGACUAUAGAAAAGGAGACAGUUGGGCUUACAUUCAAUAUGAAAGCUUGGAUGCUGCUCAAGCAGCUUGCACUCAGAUGCGUGGCUUUCCGUUGGGUGGACCAGAUCGGCGGUUAAGAGUUGACUUUGCUGACACAGAGCAUCGAUACCCUCAACAGUAUCUGCAAGCCUUGCCUCUUCCUCAUUUUGAUUUGAUUGGGGAUGGCCUUCUUCCUCGUGGUGCGGAGUGUCUGAGAGGUAGGGAAAGGAACUCUCCCCCAAUGCAUUUUCGAGAAAGGGACCUUUUUCCAGGCAAUGAUUGGCAUGUUCUUUCCGUUCGGGAAAGAAGUCGAAGUAGCCAUGAACCAUUUGAGCACCUUGAUUGUGAAGUCCGGGACAGCUGGUCUCUUGAACGUGACCGUGAACAUAUUUUGCAAAAUUGGGACCAAAGAAGGAAAAGGAGAGGACCUGUGGAUGUACGUCCUUCUGAUUGCUCACCCAGUAAUGAUCGGUCCAGAAAGCGCCGUUGUGUUUCACCAGAUCGCAGCCCAGGUAAUAGCAGCCGUGAUGGUGGACGUCAUAGUGACUCUGACCGUGAUGCAAAGAAUGAGCGAUACUCCCCCAAUAGAGGAGACAGACGUAACAGUGCGGAGAAAAUCUCUAGUGGUAAGCAUGAGGUCAAAGCCACCAGCUUGCCUGAAAAGGAGAAGGAUCGAAAGCAUAGAACUAUAGAGUCCAUGAGCCCCCUGAAGAGCAAAUCAAAAUCUGAUCUCAAUGCCAAAGCAUCUGACAGCUUCCAGGAAUAUGAUCGCAAAUUGAACGUAGCCUGGCAUGGAAUGCUAGUUCUGAAGAAUAGUUCUUUCUCAACAAACAUGCACUUCCUCGAGGGUGAUCUAAGUGUUGCAACCAAUUUGUUAGUGGACGUCUCAACUGGCGGAAAGGUAGCGCAGUUAAAAAUCACUCAGCGCCUACGACUGGAUCAACCUAAAUUGGAUGAGGUAACGAGACGUAUCAAAGCAUCUGGCACUAAUGGUUAUUGUGUCCUGUUGGCCGUACCAGCUUUAAACAGCGUGGAACAUGUGGAAGGAGUGUCCACUGGUUUAGAGCAAGCUACUUCACCACAGCGACCAUUGAGGAACUUGGUGUCCUACCUAAAACAAAAGCAAGCUGCUGGAGUCAUCAGCUUGCCCGUUGGAGGCAGUAAAGAGAAGGACCACACAGGUGUGCUCCAUGCUUUUCCUCCAUGUGAUUUUUCUCAACAGUAUCUGCAAACCUCUGCUCGAGCCCUGGCCAAAUCUGAAGAAGACUGUCUAGUUAUAAUAAUUGUACGUGGUGCAGCUUAGAACUGAAAUUGUGUUGUCUCCUGUGGUUGUGUAUUGUGAUAUGUAUGGGAUACAAAAGAGGAUGAAAUUCACCAAAAUGCUACACAAAAGAGUUAUCAGACACUUUAGCCACUUAGUACAUGAUGGAUCUAUCUUAAUACUGCAAAAAUACUGACUGGCUUGAUAGCUUUGUCUUUGGUACAAGAUGUUCAGCCAGUUAAUAUUGAAAUACAGUAGUUAAGUCAUGUGAAGUCUUUUGACCACCCUCUCAGCUUGUGCUCACCUAACACCAAAUUCAGCCAUCAUACCAUAGUGGGCAUAUGGACACUAAUGUCUUUGGCCAAGUCGCCCACACAGUGUGUUGAUUCCCCUAUGACUUUAUCUUUUAGUUAAAAAAAAAAUUCCUAUCCUUUAAUGGAGUAGUUUCUUUUACUCUAUAUCACUUCAACCUCUUUGAGAAGUACCCAGUACUACAUUGAAAUACACAAUCACUCUCAUUACUGAACUUAAGCGGUGGAUUGUAUAAAGCUUGAAUGCUUCCUGCAUUGUUUAAGGUAGUGAAUACCUCUCAGUGCUGGAGCCCAGGUGGUUGGUUCUUUAACUGUUUCAAGCAGAUAAUAUUAUUGGAAACAUGGAGUCCUAAAGAUACUCUUUUUAACAUUAUUAUUGAGGCACAAAACAUUUGUUCAAAAUCUAGUCAUUUUCUGGUUUUGUAAAUGAGGUAACAUAUUAGAGCACAGACAUCUUGCAAGCUGUUACAUGUAAUGUGCUGUAAUAAUUGUAGGCAGUUUUUUUGCACUUGAUAUCUUUGGGCACCAUUCAUCCUCAAACUAACUGAAACACCAGUAAAGUAAUACUUUAACUUUUGCCUUUGCCUAGUGAUUUAGAAGAUCCUUUUAAUCAUGGAUCUUGGGCCAAAGGCUGUAAAAUUGUUCAUUAAUAUUUAACAUACCCAAAGAGGGCAACUUGAGCUUUUCUAAUUACUGAGUAGGCAAUGAAUCAAAGCUGUGGGCCAUGUAUUAAAGCAAUGAUGGAUUAUAUAUCGGGAGUCCUGGGUGUGUAAAAGGAAAAAAAAAUGUGACUUUCUGAAAAGAUGCCUGUGUACUUGUUUCAUAGAGGGUUAAUUUGUCAGUGUUGAAAGAGAGUCAUAUGGGGAUGGAAAAGCAUACAAGAAAUCAGAAGAUAAUGAUGGAAAGUAAAAUUAGAGAUUGUGCUGUGCUUGUUUGUAUUGUCUACUAGUCAUAAAAAACUAGAGGCACAAACAAGUCUGCUAAAGAAAAAAAUGUUCAUUUGAAACAUGAGCAUUUGAUGAGGUAUUUUACCAGCCCAGAAGGCAUCAGCACUUGUAGAUAUUGUGCUGUUUGCAGUAUUAGUUUGUGAGUUUCACAGUUACCCCAGUACAUCACAUAAAUGUUGUUUUCUCUUUAAUUGGGAGUUUUUGAGGUGAUCUGGUCAAAUCAAAUUCAUCAGUACUAUGUGGAAGAAAACUGAAGGUACCUCCUGACAGAAUUGUUCAGUGGAAUCUAUAAACAGGAGGUUGUGAAAUGAAUUUCACAUGAAUUUGCCAAACAAAAUGAGUUUCCAUUCACAUGUGGCAGUGACAGCUAUUCAGAACUUUGCUGCAAGGUCAGCAAUUAUUUCAUUUGCAGUGUUCUUGCCCUAAUGAGUGAGGCUUUUUGAACAAGUACACAGGCAUAAUUUGUGAUUUUUUUAAAAAACAGUCUCUCAAAAGAAAAGUGUAAACGUACAGAAGUGCACACUGACUGUAAAACAAAUUACAAAUUGCUAGAAAUCUGACCAAAUCAUAAAAGGCUGUAAAUGCUCAGCAGUUCAGUGGUUGUGUGUUGUGAAAUGAAUAGUUCACUUAGCCAGUUUAUUUGACAUUAACAGUCUAUACUUUCCAGCUCCCUAAAUUCUGUCACGAAUAACUAAUAAAGGGAGCUUCCUUGCAAAACUCUACUGACUUAAGUUAUGAUUCUGCAGAUUAAAAAAAAAAAUCAAUUUCCUAGUUCUUGGGGUUGAAAUGUGACCACCAUUUCAUUUCUUUGAUUUUCUGCAGGCUUACCUGCUGUGACUGAAACUCUGGUUUCUUUGCUAAGGAAAAUUUUUGUAAAACAAUAGACAUGGGUAUUACUGGCAAGGCUACAAUUCAUUACAUCUUCCAUUUAGCCAAUGAGAAGGUCAGAGUGAGCAACCUUCAAAUGCUGCUCACUGCUUAAUUUUUCUACUGUGAGAGAAUUCUUGCUGCAUCUUUUGUAGAUUUCUGGUAGACAAUUGGACUAGUAGAAACAACCCAGUUCCAUGAGAGGCAGAAUGCCAUUGAGAUAUGUGGCACUCUGAAUGUGAGCAUUUAAAGAGGGGAGAAAAUUGAAAGGAAUAUUCCAGAAUAAUUCCUAAUGCCAUAUCCUUUGCAUAUGGGCACAUGGAAAAGUUUGUGAAGAUUUUUGUAUGUUGAGGUGUCCAGCACAUUAUAAUGCAGCAGUGUUGGCUCUGUGCUGUACUGAUCCAGGGAAUUGUUUUGUCUGUGGUCCAUUAUAACUAGCUUUCACUAAUAGUAGCUUCAAAUCAGCAAAGCUAAUUAUAUAAAAUCAUAUAUGUAGUAAUAUUGGCAACAAAUUCUGCCAUGAGUAGUGACAAAAUCAACAUAAAACUAAAUUUAGCGGAGGCUUUUUGUGCUUAAAACUGAAUGAAUACUUUCACCAUCAUGUAUGGGAUCUUGAAGGAUAGGAAUGAUGCACAACUUGAAGGUGCAUCUGAACUGCAGAGCCUUGCUUAACUAAAUUGGUAUGGACUUUUAAUUCAUAAAAGCAAGUCUGUGUGCACUGUAUAUUUUGUGUAAUUUUAAACAGUGAAAUGCAAACAAAAAUGGCACUAAGUAUAUGUUUAAAUGGUUUAAUUACAAUCAGAAUUUUGGGUGACUGAGAUGGGAGAUUAAAACAUGUGACAUCAAUUACUGAGACAGUAGGAGAAUUGUCUCAUGGUCCAGUUGUACAAGGCAUGCAAUUGUCCUGCAAGUUAGAUUAUCUUCAAUGUCAUGAUACAUUAAUGAUAACUUAAACAUUCUUGGACAAUAGAGUUAAGCCCAGUGUACAGUCGAGUAUAUUAAUGUUGGCUUUCUCUCAAAGUCAAUAACUAUAGCAAGUGGACAUGUUUUAUUCUGCUUUCAGUAAAGGCUCUAAUUACCCCUUGCCCUUGUAAAUUUACUGGGCAAUCUCCUAGAUAUGCUUACAUUAAUGUCUUUUACAACAUUUGAAAAAGACAGUUAUACCGUAAGCUUUAGUUUUAAACUUCAAAUUGUAGGCUUAAUCCUCACUGCCCUGGCUUUGCUUAGUCUAUGCCUGCUUCCAUUCAUCUGUAGUUGUGAAGAGAACCAGCCAGCUCAUUCUUAAGGCUUGGCUAUUGCCACUGUAACCAGAUACUCAAAAGUCCAGAGUCAUGGUUAUCAGUAUUUUCCUUCUUUUCUUUUGUAAUAUUUUGUUGAUUCAUUUUCUCCCCCCAAUACCCCAACUGACUUUUUAAACAGACAUUGAAUAAACUAGCCAACUCCCUGUGAUACUGCUGCACAGUGUAGCAGCUGUUGAUACUGUCAAAUGCUGGGAGUGUAGUGUUCAAGCAGAGGCACAUGACCUUUUUGGAGAUGUGCUGCACAAUUUUUAGACAUUGUACUGCUGCAGUCCAUUGAUUUGGUUGGAGGACCAGUACAAAUUGGGUAUGUUUUCAAUUACUUACCUAUGAUUGAGCCAGUUAGUCUUGGACACUACUAUUAAUAUAAAAAAAUUAUAACAUUUCUGAAGUCCAACAUGUCAUUCUCUUUCCAAUUCCCAACAGCCAUGGCACACAGUAUUUUGAUGCAGAUAACCCCAGCGCAAAUAAGUGGUCUUAAUUUUGUUUUUCAAAGUGUAAAUGAACCAGUGUUAGAUUAUCAUUGUAAAUGAAGAUGAAAAGUUACUAAGGAUUUUGAGUUUCAGACAAGUCUUCAGACUUGCAUUUGAUAGCUAAGCUUGGGGGCUAUUUAACAUAGGACUUUUAUCUUGGACAAAGAUAUCAGCUUUUACACCAUGUCUUUGACAACUUCGCAUAAAAGCAUUUGUUUUAGAAAGCUAGGGUUUUAUGGGUGCCUUAGUAAGAACCAGUUAUCCAAUAGCAUGCCAAUAGAAUUUCUUUAGUGAUGAUUUUUUCUUUGUUGAUGCUAUAUGUACAAUUAUUGUAUUGUUAGUUAUAUAGAAGAAGCUGCUGUUGCAUGUUUUUUUGUCUAAUUUGAUAUUUCUUUCCUGCAAAAUCCAAAUGGCAGAAUGUUUGAAUGGCAAACCUGAGGAGGAUACUUCCCACUGGAAUUUAGUGCAAGCCGAAGACGAUGUUUGUGUGAAGUAAAAUGGCCUUUUGCAGGGGGAAGUUUCUAGUUGUUUGUUUUUAAAAAGCUGGAAUGGCAGCUUGAAAAAAAAUAUAUAAAAAGUUCCUGUAUCUUCUAAUGUGAAACCAGGUCCUGUGUUUUGAGGGGAAAAUGAUCUGCUGCUGUGUGCUGUUUAUAACUGAUUUCUGGGGGCAAAAGGAAAAGCUAUUCGGGCUCAACCAACUGAAUACUGGCUUUCACAGACACACGUGCGUUGAGCUGAUUAUGUUGUCAACCAAAAUCAAUAAAAUGUGUUUUCUUUUGAGGAAAAAAAUCUGCCUUGGAGUAAGUUUGAAUGAAGCAAAAAAAAAAUGACCCUUUGCGUACGUUUGCGAGGCAUUUUGUUUUGGAACUCCCCGUUAUUUGAGGAGGAACCAUCAGCGUCACCGUUAUCCUAACAGUGGCCUGCAAGAAAGAAACAAUGGGGAGUUACCCCAUUUCGAAAUGCUGAGAAUUGACCACUGGCUGAUCAUCGUGAUACUGUUCUAAUUGAAGAUCCAGAGUUGCUUGAAAAAUUUUUUUUAAAGUUUUGAUUUAUUUUUGAUCCGACAUGAGAAGUAUUUGAAGAAUGUGAAUCUUUGAAAAUAAGUUUCGAUCUUGCUGCCCAUGACCAAACAAAAAAAAACAAAGCCUCCCCAAGUAAAUAUUCUGCUUUUCUCGAAUGUUGCCUAGAAUAGAGGCAGCACCCCCAUGUUCUGGAGCUUUAAAAGCAUGCCAUUUCAGUUCUUAAUUUGAAGAGGAAGAAAAGGUACAAUACGUCUGAUAUUUCGUCAGGGCUAGCAGUCGGUUUAAAUACACUUUUACUGUGUUACUGAUGGAUGCAUUAUGGCUUGUAACAGUUUCACACCCUAUGGAUGUGCAUGUCCUUAGGUACCCAAACUCACUCAUACCUGUAUUGCCUUUCAACUCAUCACAGAUUUCAACUCAAGUGUUUUGACCUAGGAGACCUUUUUAUGUAUUUUUAAAAAUGAAUAUAAUUGCCCAGUAACUAGCUGAUAAGCUUGCACUGUUAACUAACAGAAGACGCCUGUUCUGAGUUUCACUUGUGCCUGCUGUUAAAACGCUUUGUAAAGGAUGAGGGAGGAAGCACUCCUACACUGCAGUGUUUACAAGACAAUCGAUUAUCAACAUUGGAUACUAUGGAUUUUCUGACUACAAAGGUGUUUACACUGUUUAUCAGUAUUGGUGUUUGCACCCAGAUAUUUGUCUUCCACAAGAUCCAGAUACCGGCACAGUGAACCCAUUGAUGCUUCCUGACCUCCUAUAUAAUUCCAACAUUUUUUUACUACUUCAUCUAUUUUUCCAGCCAUUCAGCCAGCUGUUGUAAGGUAACCUGGGAAUGACUGAAGGACUUUCCUGAUUUUGUGUGCUAAUUUCAUAGUAUGCUGAUCCAUGAGCGAUGCACGGAGCAGGAUUGAAGAUAGUUUUCUGUUUAUCCAAGUGCCCAGAAGACAGAUAAGUUGUUGUCACCUUAAGUUGUACACUGUGAUAACUUCAUUGCAUCAUUUUUUCUGGUAAGUAAAAUAUGCAUCUUUUCCUUUUUUUUUAGAAGUUUCUAGGAAAAUCACUCCAGUUGUACAAACUGUCAACAGUAAGUAGUAAGAAACACCUAUUUUCAUGCUUCCAGAACCCCCCCUCCCCCCAACAUCCUCUUUCUCAGGUUUGGACUACAAGUUUUCAUUCUGCAUUUUUAAUUGAACAGAACAGCUAGCUAGAGCACUUUCAAAGAGGAAUGUGUAUACAGGAUUUCUUGUGGGGCCAUGGGCCAGAGUUGAAAUAGUGUCCAUUAGUUUGUUAUAAAACGCAGUCUUGCGGCAGGAAUUUGGGAUGGGGAGGGAAUUCUAGAGCAAGAGGUCGAGUGUCUGAGGAUAUCAGUGAAGUGUGAAUGGGAAUCAAGAACUAAAGACUGAAAAGGAGUUUAUAAGGUGUUGGGAAGUUUCAGCUCUGGAAAAAAUUGGUGAAGGAAUUUUAAACAGAAUUUUUAAUUGGGUCUUGUGGAGGGUGAACUCAUCUGCAUUUAUCAGUAGCCUUACCUUAACUGUUUGUUCCUGGCUGUACACCAAGUAAAGUACCUUCACAAAUAAUUUUCUCAAGCUCUGGUGAUGUCUCAUAUUUGAUGGAAAGGGCUCAUUCUUCAAUCUGAAGCAUUAAUUCUGUUUCUCUUCCCACAGAUGCCACCUGACCCAUGUACAUAGAGUAUUUUUGCACAUUUCUACACUUAGUCUGUUAUCACUGGAUUUCCUUCCUGUUCAAGUCUGUCUAAAUGCCUCUUAGACAUUACUAUUAUAAGAAAUUCUGGCAGCACUUUAACAGUACUUACCAUACAUAAAUAGAUCCUUGUAAGUUUUUAAACUUUGCCAUUUCUUAGUGCCUGUCACAUGCUUUUACUUUUUUAAUAUGCAAUGCUAUUUAGUGCCUUUAGGCUGAAAUCUGAUGAUUCUCAGUAGAGGAGAUUCCAAAGGAAUGCCUAUGUAUUGUGGCUGCAGCCUAUGUAACCUCAGCAUGGAGUGCAGCAACCCUACUGUGUGUAAAUGGCAAGGUGCUGGUGGAGCUGCAGGGGCAGGAUUAUGUAUUUUUGCAGCCACUUUCCACGAAUAAAUAAAAAUAAGCCAGGAGAGACCGUUACUAGCCAGUCUAUGCUAGCUCUCUCCAACUGUGUUUAAAACAAAACUAUAGUCGAAAACUUGAAUAUAAAUUGAUGUGUUGAAUGCUUAUUUUGACUACGUACAGGGGAGAUGGGAAUAGCAUGCUGGGUGUUCUAAAGAACGUGCUGGGUUGAAUUAAGGUUGGGUAUGUGCCACAGAUGAUCGUGUACCCUUGCAUUAUGGCAGUGUUCAGAUGUUGGAAAUUUGCUCUUGUAGAAUACACAUCACUGCCAAAAUUUUGUUCUGAGUGAAUUUAUUCCAGGAAAGGUAACUAAAUAAACAAGAAUGUGAAAGAAGUAAUACAUUUUGUCAUGAGCUUGUGUCAAGGAAAAUCAUAAUGUUGAAAGCUUUCUAAGUAAACAGCCAGUCCUUUAAAUGCGAGUGUACUGGUAUGGCCCCAGUGUGGUUCUUUCUUUCAUUAGAAACAAUUGGGUCAGCUCUUGUUGUGACCCUAACUCUUCCAAAGUUCUUUCAAUUUGGGCAAAGUUUCUUUUGAUUGGAAAAUUGGACGUAACAUAUUUUCUCAGAAGGGGCAGGAUGGAUGUCUUGGGCAUAAGCUAUCUUUUAGCCUAGCACUUGAGAUCUAGUGUCAACAUCGGGGGUUCUGUCCCCACAGGCAAGCUGAACAACAACCUCGAGUUCUGGAGGCAGCACAGUGAUAUGGUGUAUCUUUUAAAUCUCGUUGACUGAGCAACUCAUGGAUCUCGUAGCAUCAGAUCAAACAUGGGGCUGCUGCUUUACUAUUCUUCCAAAAAUACCCUUAUUGCGGAGCCAUGUACUACAUCUCAAGUUGCAGCACUGACUUCUGCAGCUCAUUCAGUGACUGUUGGUGUCACAACAGCCUCUUUUGCAAGUGCCAUUCUUCUCCGGCAGCUAAGUUUAGAGGGGCGGCCUGACCUAGGCAGUGUGGCUAUGGUUUCAUGCUUUUUUCUGCUUUUUCACAAUGGACUGCUCUGAGGCAUGUUCAAUGCCUUUGAGAUGCUCUUGUACCCUUCCCAGAUUUGUGCUUCACUAACAUCAUCUAUCUGACUUGUCUUAAAUGCUCUUUUGUAUUCAUUUUGCUUUGCUCUGUUGAAAAUCUACCAUUCAUUGAAUCUUGCAGAGAAAGAGGGCAUUUAUUCUUAUGAAUUUAUUAAAAACAGUGAUCCUCCAGUUUUCUACAUCAACAAAUUAGGUGAGUUGUUAAGGUAAGAGAGUUCAGAAUUGCAAGGGAUGAAUAUUUUUUCAGCCUCACAAUCUUUGUUUUUAAUUUUUAGUAAAUUGUUGACAGGUUUUGGGUUUUUUUCUUUUGAUUUGACAUGAUGCACAAUGGGUUUUUUAGAUAAGCUCAAAAAAUAUUACUUUAAUGUGUUUAAAAUUUAGAAAGUGAGGCAGUGAAAUGUGAAAAUAGUUAUGGGGCUGAAUACUUUUGUCAUGCACUAUGUUUUCGAGCCUUCCCUGUAUCAGUGAGAAGAAUGUUUUUCUUUAAAGGCAGAAACAUUGUUUUUGGUACAGAUGAAAGUAAAAUUAGGGUCAUAGUAGUGUAGUGGUUUGUAUGACGUUAUUACAGCUCAUCUGCCAUCUGCCAUCCAGUGCCAGCUCAGGAGUUCAAGUGCCAGUGCCACUGUACUUUCUCCCAGUGACCGCAUGGAUUUCUUCUUGGUGCUCCAGUUUUCCCCACAGUCCAAAGAUGUACAGCGACCAAACCGGACAUCAGAAGUUUGAGAGGAGGAGAUUCCAGUGUGGUCCACCGACAGAGUGCAAAAAGAAUGGAUUGUGGCAGCAUAAUUGAGCUUUGACCAGCAAUCAGUUGUCAUUGAGGAUUGAGUAGCAAGAGCAGAUUAAAGGAAGGCAGCUCAAGCACAGUGGCCAUUGUCAGAGUGGUGAUCUCGAGGCUUCAGUGAGAGAAAGCAAAAACGGAAAAGCUGUAGGUAAAGUUUUAUUUUUUUCCUUCCCUUCUUUAUAUCUGCUCAGUUAGGACAGAGAGAUGCCAGACAGAAUAGUUGAAUGUUCCUCUUCUGGGAUGUGAGAGGGUAGGGAGACAGCAGUGUCCCUGAUGACUACAGCCAUGAGAAGCGCAUCCAGCUGCAGCUUCCAACAAUCAGAGUUAAGAGUUGGAGCUGGAGUCGGAUCAACUCCAGAUCAUUCAGGAGGCUGAGGGUAUGAUAGGUAGGACAUAUAGAGAGGUCAGAAAGGGGUUUAAACAGCCAGUGCAGAGUAUCCUAGAACCAUCACCCUCAACAACUUUGAAUACUUUUUUUUGGUGGGGGGGAGGAAAUUAGCUAAUAGAGAGAAGUCACAAGGUCGGGUCUCUGGCACUGAGUCUGGCUCUGCAACUCAGAAGGGAAGGGGGAAGAAGAGACAUGCUGUGGUGAUAGGGGAUUCUUUAGGGGAAUGAACAGGAUGUUCUAGGGGCCAGAGCAAGAUUCCCAGAUGGUUUAUUGCCUUCCGGGUGCCAGGGUCUGGGACAUGUUGGACUGAGUCCUCAGCAGUGAGAGUGUGAACAGCCAGAGGUCACGGUCCAUGUCAGUACCAAUGACGUGGGUAGGAUAAGUGAUGACGUUCUGCAUAUGGCGUUAGCUGCUAAUUUAAAGGGCAUGACCUCCAGGGUUGUGUUCUCCGAGGGCAGACUCGGGAAAAGUAUGCAGUUUAACAUGCAGCUAAGGAGUUGGUGCAGGAGGGAGGGCAUAAGAUUUUUGGAUCGUUGGGCUCUUUUCCAGGGAAGGUGGAACCUCUACAGAAGGGACGGUUUGCACUUGGACUAGAGGGAGGCUAAUAUUGUAGCAGGAAGGUUUAUUAAUGCUGCCUGGUGAGGUUUAAACUAAAGUUGCAGGGGGAUGGGAACCUGAGUGCCAGAACAGUUAGUGGAGAGGUUGUGAAGGCAGAUGUUGGUAAGACUUCAAACAGAGUCGAGAAUCAAAAGGUUGAGCAUGGUGUGACUAACGUCCUGAGCUGCAUCUAUUUCAAUGCAAGAAGUAUCAUAGGAAAGGAGGAUGAGCUCAGGAUAUGGACGUUGUAGCCAUUAGUGAGACUUGGUUGCAGGAGGAGCAGGACUGGCAGCUCAAUAUUCCAGGGUUCCGUUGUUUUAGACGUGAUGGAGUGGGAGGGGUUAAAGGUGGAAGGGUGGUGUAACUAGUCAGGAAAAAAUGUCAUGGCAGUGCCCCAUCAGGACAGACUGGAGAACUCAACUAGUGAGUUGUUAUGGGUGGAAAUGAGAAAUGAAAAAGGUAUGACCACAUUAUUGGGGCUAUAUUACAGACCACCUAACAUUACUAGGCAUUUAGAGGAACAAAUUUGUAAAGUGAUUGCAAACUGUUGCAAAACACACAAGGUUACUAUAGUAAGUGAUUUUAACUUCUAGAGUAUUGACUGGAAAUCCCAUACUGUAAAAUGAUUAGGUGCGAUAGCAUUUGUCAACUGUGUUCAACACAGUUUCCUUCAUCAGUAUGUUGAAGUCCUGAUGAGAGAGUGUAAUUCUGGAUAUGCAAAGGGAAUGAGACAGGGCAGGUGACAGAUGUUUCUGUAGGGAAACACUUUGCAUCUACUGACCACAUUACCAUUAACUUCAAAGUAAAUAUGCAAAAAUAUAGGUCUGGUCUGCGGGUUGACAUUCUAAAUUAGAGAAAGGCCAAUUUUGUUGGUAGCAGAAAUAAUCUGGCGAGUGUGGAUAGGGAGAGGCUGUUUAUUUGACAAGGGUGUACUCGGAAAGUUGGAGGCCUUCAAAAACAACAUUACAAAGCUUGUACGUGCAUGUUGGAGUUAAACGUAAAGAUAACAAGUGCAGGGAACCUUGGUUUUCAAGAGAUUUUGAGGCGCUGGUUAAGGGAAAAAAAGGUGCAUAGCAGGGAUAGGCAAGUACGGCUUAUGGAGUAUAAGAAAUGCAGGAGAACAUUAAAGAAAAAUAUCAGAAGGGCUGAAAGAAGGCAUGAGGUUGUGCUAGCAGACAAGGUGAAAGAGAAUCCUAAGGGACUCUACAGAUAUGUUAAGAGCAAAAGAUUUGCAAAGGACAAAAUUGGUCCUCUGGAAGUCCAGAAUGAUAAUUCAUCUGUGGAGUCAAAACAGAUGGGGGAGAUCCUAAAAGAAUGAUUUGUAUCUGAAUUUACUCAGGAGAUGGGCACAGAGUCUAUAGAAGUAAGGCAAAGCUUCAUGGACCCUGUACAGAUUACAGAGGUGAUAUUUGCCACCCUGGGGCAGAUCAGAGUGGAUAAUUCCCCGGUGCUUGACAGUGUGUUCCUUCAGUCCCUAUGGGAGGCAAGUGCAGAAAGUGCUGGGGCCCUAGCAGAGAUACUUAAAACAUCCUUAGCAACACGAGAGGUACCAGAAAACUGGAGGAUAACCAGUGUUGUUCUGCUGUUUAAAAUGGCUCUACACAUAAAAUGGGAAAUUAUAGGCCAGUAAGUCUCACGUCAGUUAUGGGAAAAUGCAGUUUAAUGUGGAUAAAUGUGAGGUUAUCCACUUUGGUGGCAAGAACAGAAAGGCAGAUUGCUAUCUGAAUGGUGUCAAGUUAGGAAAAGGGGAAAUACAACGAGAUCUAGGUGUUCUUGUACAUCAGUCACUGAAAGUAAGCAUGCAGGUACAGCAGGCAGUGAAGAAAGCUAAUGUCAUUUUGGCUUUCAUAACAAGGGGAGUUGAGUAUAGGAACAAAGAGGUCCUUCUGCAGUUGUACAGGGCCCUGGUGAGACCACACCUGGAGUAUUGUGUUCAGUUUUGGUCUCUAAAUUUGAGGAAGGACAUUCUUGCUAUUGAGGGAAUGCAGCGUAGGUUCAUGAGGUUAAUUCCCGGGAUGGCAGGACUGUUAUAUGUUGGAAGAUUGGAGUGACUGGGCUUGUAUACACUGGAAUUUAGAAGGAUGAGAGGGGAUCUGAUUGAAAUGUAUAAGAUUAUUAAGGGAUUGGACGUGCUAGAGGCAAGAAACAUGUUCCCGAUGUUGGGAGAGUUUAGAACCAGGGGCCACAGUUUAAGAAUAAGGGAUAGGCUAUUUAGAAUGAAAAACUUUUUCACCCAGAGAGUUGUGGAUCUAUGGAAUGCUCUGCCUUAGAAGGCAGUGGAGGCCAAUUCUCUAGAUGCUUUCAAGAAAGAGAUAGAGCUCUUAAAGAUAGCAGAGUCAAGGGAUAUGGGGAGAAGGCAGGAAUGGGGUACUGAUUGUGGAUGAUCAGCCAUGAUCACAUUGAAUGGCGGUGCUGGCUUGAAGGACUGAAUGGCCUACUCCUGCACCUAUUGUCUAUUGUCUAAAAUUAAUGGAAGGUAUUCUAAGGGACCAGAUAUGAUUAUUUUGAUAGAAGUGGGCUUAUUAAGGAUAGUCAGCAUGGCUUUAUGUGUGGUAGAUCAUGUCUAACCAAGCUUGGUGUUUUUCGAGGAAGCUGCCAUGAAAGUGAAUGAAAGCAAAGCAGCAGAUGUUGUCUGCAUGGACUUUAGUAAGGCAUUUGACAAGGUCCUGCUUGGGAGGCAGGUUCGAAAGGUUCAGUCGCUCGGCAUUCAGGGUGAGGUAGUAAAUUGGAUUAGACAUUGGCUUUGUGGGAGAAGCGAGAGUGUGGUAGUAGAGGGUUGCCUUUCUGAAUGGAGGCCUGUGGCUGCUGUGCCACAAGGGUCAGUGCUGGGUGUUUUGUUUGUCAUCCAUAUUCAUCCAAAUGUUAAAAGGCCUGAACAGAUUGGAUAUGGCAAAAAGUUAUUUCCCAUGGUAGGGGAGUCUAGGACUAGAUGGCAUGACUUCAGGAUUGAAGGAUGUCCAUUUUGAACAGAGAUACAGAGAAAUUACUUUAGUCAGAGGGUAGUAAAUCCGUAGAAUUUGUUGCCACGAGCAGCUGUGGAGGACAAGUCAUUGGGUGUAUCUAAGGCAGAUGUAGGUAGUUUCUUGAUUAGCCAGGGUAUCAAAGGGUAUGGGGUGAAAGCACGGGACUAGGGAUGACUGGAAAAAUUGGAUCAGCCCAUGAUUGAGUGGUGAAGAAGACUCGAUGGGCCGAAUGGCCUACUUCUGCUCCUAUAUCUUAUCGUUUUAUAUCAGUGAUUUGGAUGAUAACGUGGUUAACUGGAUCAGCAAGAUGCCACCUAGAUUGGGGCUGUAGUGACAGUGAGGAUGGCUAUCUUGAAUUUAAAGUAGACAAAUGUGAGGUUUUGCACUUCUGUAGGGCCAACCACGGUGGGUCUUACACAGUGAAUGGUAGGGCACUGGGGUGAUAGAACAAAGGGAUCUGGGAAGACAGGUCCUUAAGUUGCAGAAACUGUCAUCACAAGUAGAUAGAGUCAUAAAGAAAAGUUUUGGUACACUGGCCUUCAUAAAUCCAAGUAUUGAGCGCAGGAGAUAGGAUGUUAUGUUGAAGUUGUAUAAGAUAUUGGUGAGCCUAAUUUGGCCACCUACCUACAGGAAGAGUGUAAACGAGGUUGAAAGAGUACAGAGAAAAUUGACAAGGAUGUUUCCAGGUCUGGAGGAAAGAGUGGAUAAGUGAGGAACUGUAUUCUUUAGACUGUAGAAGACUGAGAGGAGAUUUGAUAGAGGUAGACAAAAUUAUGAAGGGUAUAGAUAGGAUAAAUGCAGGCAGGUUUUUUCCCACUGAGGUUGGGUGGGACUACAACCAGAGGUUAUGGGUUAAGGAUGAACGGUGAGAAGUUUAAGGGGAACAUGAGGGGAGAUGUUUUCACUCAGAGGGUCAUGAGUGUGUGGAAUGAGUUGCCAGCACAAAUGGUACAUACAAGUUGAAUUUCAAUGCUUAAGAUAAGUUUGGAUCGGUACAUGGAGGGCUAUGGGGAUGGUGCAAUUUUAAUGGGAGUAGGCAGUUCUAAUGGUUUCAGCAUGGACUAGAUGGGCCAAAGGGCCUGUUUCUGUCCUGCACUUCUUUGUGACUCUGUCGUUCACUGUCUGUCCUUCUGCCAUGCUGACUGUUGCCUUCCCUCCCUGUCGCCCACUUGUCUUAUGUGUGCACAUCUCGUCCUUCGUGUCUAUCAUCUCUUUCCUUACUGCUUGCCCACCAGAUACAUCUAAAGAGAAGUACUUUUGUCUCAUCUAAGUGGUACUGAAUUGUUUCAAGAAUUGUGUACUAACUGCUCUGAUCAUUUUUAUUUGCACUAUUUCAGGCUGUUUUAUAGUCCUUGAAGUUAUCAGGAAAAGAUCUCAAAACUUGCUUGUAAACUCUAUGAUUGAAUUCUGAUUUCAUUUAAAAACUCGUACUGAUAAAAAAUGAAAAGGAGGUGAAAAUUUGUUCCUUCUCUGAACCAGUUGAGUUUGAGUCAUUAUUUUGCAG